AUACUAUUUGCGUAACGCUAUAUGAAUGGCAAACGUUCAAGUAUUGAUGGUCCAGAAAUUAUCUUUUGAAAAAGUCGCAUGAGCUAACGUUAGCUAUUAUUAGCAGAACGAGCCAUCAUGAAUGUUAACUAUCCUAACUAGCUACUUUCCACAUUAUUUUACUAGAUAGCCGGAUACAACCCAUUUGCAUUCUUUAUGUAGUUGGCAAAUAUGUGAGUUUACUGAAGGUUAGCCCAGGCCGGCAGAUGGCGAUUUUGAGUCGUUUCAUCUUACCGUCCAAAGGGACUGCAUGCAGCCGGCUAUACACUCAUAUCCCCUGUGGACCCGUUUGUAGAUAAAACAUUCUUUAUUCAGUCGACUUACACCUUAAAAAGAUUUUAAUGGCAAAGGCGGAAAGAAAUAGCUGGCUAGCUAGUUUUAUAUUUCGGUAAUAUAUUCCAAUAAAUUUCAGAAUUCCCCAAAAAUGUUUAUGAAGCUUGCUAGCUACAUUUUAUAGGCUCCCCACUGAGUCGCUACUGAACUUCAUAUUCCCAUUGGCCACCACUAAAAUCUGUCAUUGAUAAUAUUAUGUCACUUUUUUGCUUGCAAGCUAGCAUUGUAAUUUUUUCUCGCAUGCUGAAAAAUGCAGCGCUGAUUACAUUUGACACUUCACGGCCACUGACGUUUGACACGUCACUACUGUUUGCAUUGAAUUGUGGGACAUAUCAACCCCACAAGUGAUCAAAGUUGCUCCCUCAAGCUGAAUAAAGGGCUGAGGGGGUGAAUUUUGUGAAUUGGACUGCCACCAAAUUGCAUCCGGUUUCAACGGGGAUUCCCCCGAGGGAAAGUAGUUAGUGCGAGAGUUGAGGGUGUAAAAAUAACAAAAUUGGACCGCAGCCCAAGAAUAAACAGACUGCUACAAACUGAUUGGCAGAACGUGAUAUGCAACAUCCAGGACUAGCAUUUAAACUCUAGCAUGGUGGUGUAAAAUGGUGUUUCAUAAAGAAAUUAUGCACAUAUUUCCCACCUUGCCAUUAAAUCCUUUGCAGCCUGAAUGGAGAAUGUUUUAUGUACGAACCGGUCCACGGGGAUACAAGUUUAUAGCCGGCUGCAUGCAGUCCCUUUGGACGGUAAGAUCAAACGAUUCAAUAUUGCCAUCUACUGCCCUUUGGGCUAUCUGGAGGGUCCUGAGUGGAGUAGACAUGGCUGACCAGGAAACUGGGCCCAAUGGGCUGGCUAAGAGGGCUGCAGCAGGUGCUGCGGUUUUCAAAGUGCGUGAGGCUGUAAUGGCUAUUCUUCAAAACGAAUCUACUGGUAACCUGAAAGUACAAAAACGGAUUGCCCCAUCGACUCCUUUAAUUGUACCAAAACCUUCCCUGAAGCCGUACAAGCGGCCCCCCACUCUGCUAUUGCCACCUUCAUACAGCGCCAACCCAGUUGGAGGAUUUACCUGUGAGGUGUGUGGCCAGAACUUCUUCUCUUUUCCUCAAGUGGUGAGACACAAACAGUUCCACGACGAAGAAAGGCCCUUUCCCUGUGGUGUGUGUGGGAAACGUUUCCUGAGCCGCAGCCACUACACUGAGCACCAGCGGGUUCACACUGGGGAGCGGCCCUUUCCCUGCGACCAGUGUGAGCGCUCGUUCACCACACACCACAACCUGAAGCGUCACCAAACCAUCCAUGCCAAAGAAGAGGCGUAUCGCUGCCGGAAAUGUGGCGUGCUUUUCUGCCAGCGUCACGAGUACCCUGGGGGCAUACCCAGACCCGACCUCGAGCCCCGACCUGGGUUUGAGUCCACAUCCACGAUGCAACCAACACCUCCCAUUCAGGUCACACUCACACCCAAGCAUCUUAAGAAGCUUAACAAGAAGCUUAAUAAGAAGAGCCAUGAUCUCUCAACUAAACAUGAUCAUUCUAAAAAGAAGAAAAAGAGGAGUAGAGUCAAACAUCCAGGCCCAGCAGAGAAAGUGAAUUAUGUGCGUCAAGAGGAACUUUGGCCUGUGUUGUUAACUAAAGGAGAAAAAUUGCAAAAAGUUGCUUAUGACAUUGAGGUUAUUAUAUGAUCCCACGUGAUGAUAAAACAAAAUGGGAUAAUUAGUCCGAUCAUGAUUUGAAAAAUAAGUUUGUUUUGUUUCAUCUCCGCCGAUGUGGACGCUGUUUCAGAAAGGAGUUAUACCUUGAAACACUUGUUUUGCCUCGCAUCAUGAUUUAGGUAUUUAUUCCUUCAUGAGUUUGAGAAAAUAACUUUCCACAAUUGAUCAUGAUUUGGAAACAUUCUGUCAAGCAUUUCAAAUGAUUAACUGUCCUCUGAAAUGUUAUGGUUUCGCUUUUGAGAUCUUUACCAUUUGUUUUGUAUUAGAAUAGAAUAUAGACACUUUUGAGUUAUGAUUCAUUCAAUUGUUUUGUAUUAGAAUAGAAUAUAGACACUUUUGAGUUAUGAUUCAUUCAAUUGUUUUGUAUUAGAAUAGAAUAUAGACACGUUUGAGUUAUGAUUCAUUCAGUUGUUUUGUAUUAGAAUAGAAUAUAGACACUUGAGUUAUGAUUCAUUCAAUUGUUUUGUAUUAGAAUAGAAUAUAGACACUUUUGAGUUAUGAUUCAUUCAGUUGUUUUGAUUCAUUGCCAUGUAAGGUCUAGUGUCAAUGCAUUAUUAAAUGACAUGCUAUUAAACUAGUUAACUCCUCUGAUGUGGCACAUCAAAAUGUAUUUCCAUAUCAAAUAAUGUUCAUCUGCUUUUCAGAUUAUGUUCAUAGAGGCCUGUAGGGUUUCUCACUGGGCCUUAACCAUUGAGUUGUCCAGAAAUUGCCUUCACCAAUUUAUGUAAGCAAAAAAUAAUCAUGAUGCAUUGUUGUUGAUUAACUACUAAAUGUACCUGUCAUAAGAACAAGUGAAUCCCGAUAUCUGUAGUCUGUGUAAUGUGGACAGUGUUGUUACAUUUGGGUAACAGAGUCUAUGUAUGUCGAAAUGAUAUGUCUCCAGUUGAAUUCUGCAUAACUACCUCAGGCUGAUUGUAAAAUGUAUUUUUUAAAUUGAUAAUGGGAUUAUUUACACAUUU